AUGGCUCAAGCAAGAAAUAGACGUCAGUCGUCAGACGCACUUUCGGCUUUCACGAUAGAUGACUGCACCAGUGUCAACAGCGGCGAUCCUGUCAACCAACCGUUCUUCAGCAAGAGCAAGAAGCAGCCACUCCCUCCAUCCCACACAGCAUCGACAACAUGGAAGAGUAACUACGUCAAGGAGCAGGAAGAAUUCGAACGAGUCAAGCACCGCGUCAAACACAUUGCCCCUGAGCAUUUCAAAGCGGAUGCAAAGCCAGGUAGAGGACCAUCGGAGAUCUUUCCCCAAGAUGUGACAGAAUGGACGCAGCACAAGAAGGAGAUACUUGCCAUUGCACAAGCAGAGCAGCAGAAGAACUGCGAGCUGUUGAAAGCCCAGAUCACCGCUAGAACCAAGAUUCCUAAACAGCAGAGAAAGAUCAAGUCGGUAUUUGGUGUCGAUGGCAAGGUCUUCAACGACAGUCGAGGUCCUGUACUUGCUGUGCCUACUAUCUGGUCAGACGAACACAGCCAAGUUCAAGCAACAUGGCCGACAUUAGCCGAAUUGAGGUGGAAUGGCGACAGCAGAGAAUGCAAGCUUGCUCGGACCAAGUGUGGUCGAUAUCUUCCUCCACCUCGCGAUCCAUCUGAACCAUCCUUGACGUGGCAUGACCAACCGUUCUUGAGAGCAUCGCCGCUCGAUCAGACCGGACCAGUAUACACUCAAGGGCCUAGACCGGAUGAGGUCUACGAGGCCAACGAUGAUAUGAACAACGACGCGGAGUUUGAAAAGCCAGGCAACUUCUUUCUCGGAGACAACUUGAUGCAAGAGAUUGGUGAAUGGCGACCAAGCUUCGUACCAGAAUGGCGACAGGAACAACCAGGUAUGCGCGGAGAGCUUUUUAUUCAGGAUGGUCAGCUGGAGCGUGAGCUUGUCCCUGGCAUCAGCCAUGACAAUUACGCUGAGACACAUGUUGAGGUCAUGGAGACUCUGGACUUUGGGAUAAUAGGGGGUCACCUGAAACGUUGAAUGGAAGGGGAGCUGGGAACUUG